UACAAUAUUAAUAUUUCUUUGCCUCUCCAUUAAAGGGAGAAAAUUUAGGAAAUCGUCUGCGUAUUCGCCGAAUCUCUGUUGGCGUGCUUGCGCGUGUGUCUUCCGCCAUGUCUGUCGAAUCCGCCACUGCAAUACAAAGAAACCAAGUUGAUUUGCUCGAUUUCGUAGACUGGUCUGGAGUCGAAUGUCUCAAUCAGAAUUCUAGUCAUUCUCUUGUUAACGCUCUGAAACAGGGUUAUAGAGAAGACGAGGGUCUGCAUCUGGAGAGUGAUGCAGACGAGCAACUUUUGAUUUAUAUUCCUUUCACUCAAGUGAUUAAGCUGCACUCCUUCCUCAUGAAAGGUCCUGAAGAUGAAGGUCCUAAAACAGUGAAGCUCUUUGCAAACAAGGAGCACAUGGGCUUUAGUAAUGUCUCUGACUUUCCACCCAGUGACUCAGCUGUUCUAUCCUUGGAUAAUCUUAAGGGAAAGCCAUUUACAGUAAAAUAUGUCAAGUUUCAGAGUGUCCGUAGUUUGACCAUUUUUAUUGAGGACAACCAAUGUGGUGGUGAUGUCACCAAAGUUCAGAAGAUUGUUCUCUAUGGAACAACGGUGGAAACAACGGAUAUGAAAGCGUUGAAGAAAAUUGAGGAUCAUUGACAAAACAGAGAGAGAGAGAGAGAAUGUUCAUAAUAUUGGUUAUUUAUUUUUAUUCUCUCUCUUUGUUGAUCUUUAAGUAAUAAGAUUAAAUUUGCAAGCUGAGACAGAUUCAUCCAUGGUGUGAAGUGAUAGCUUCAAUGUGGCUCUGCCUCUACCUAUCACUCUUCGAGUCUCAGAAGGAAAUGGAAUCUGGCGUUACCAUCAGGUUUAUUGAAACUUCUUAACCUAACAAUGGGAAAUGAACUGGGAGGAUUAUUGGAUAUGGAGCUAACCUUUGCAUUUUUUUGUACAAAGUAGUCAUUUUGGGCUUGAAUCUGCAUUCUCACAUUUAUGCCUGAGAUUUUACGGUACCAUAUACUAAGCGCUGGAUCCAGAAGCACGAGAAGCAAAAGAGGCCGCAUAAAAAUGUGAAUUCCCUUCUGUUUGUGAUAUUAAUGCAUAAUCAAUUUAGGGGGUGAGCUACAA